UGUGCGCGCGCAAGCUAGUGUAUGUAAACGCAAGCGCGUGCGCCAGCCGCUUCAGUCCACAAUAAACGUUGAACCGACUGCACGUCUUAUUAUUUGCAUACACCUCAGUGGCGACGAGGAUAUUGGAAUCGCGUGUGUUUUAUAGUUACCUACUCGGUCAACAUGACAAUAGGGAAAUUAAGCGAGUUUAAUGUACGAGCCGGGAACUGGACCUUAUACGUGGAACGUGCCGAGAUGUACUUCAAGGUCAAUGAAAUAAAAAAGGAGUUAUGGCUACCUACUCUAAUUGCGGCGAUGGGCGACGAGGCGUACGAGCUGAUAAGCAACCUGACAAGCCCAGCUAAACCAGGGGAAAGCACAUAUGAAGUGAUCACACAACUCAUGAAAGAUCAUUUGCAACCCAAACCAUCAUUUAUGGCCGAACGCUAUCGAUUUAGGCAAAGGAGGCAGCAAACGGGAGAAAACAUACCUCAAUAUAUAUCGGAACUAAAAAAACUAGCAAAGCACUGUGAAUUUAAGGCGGUAUUAGAAGAAAAUCUAAGGGAUCAGUUGGUGUGUGGACUCAUUAGUGAGACGAUCAGACAGCGAUUGUUCACUGAAGAGAAUUUGGAAUACACCAAAGCAGUAAAAAUAGCAUGUGCUAUGGAAGCGGCGGAGCGGGACGCGGCUGCGGUGGAGCAGCCCGGCACCAGCGUGACCGAGCCGACAUCGGGUAGCACCAGCGGCAGCGGUAGUACCGAGGUACUCCACACCGGAGUGAUGCGACGAGGCCGGGGCGGUGGCACCCCACGAGGCAGCAGUAACAUUCACUCGCGGGGUCAAAAAUAUGUCGGCGAAGUGGGAAGCGGGAGCAACGCGGAACCAUGUAAUGCUUGCGGUGUAUGGAGUCAUCAGGUGAAUGACUGUCCAUAUAGAAAUUACGUCUGCGGCAAAUGUAGACAAAGAGGUCAUUUACGCAAGGUGUGCCCACUGCGAACGACCAGGGAUACAGCACGGCGUGCAGGUCGUGGUAGCGGCAGAAACCUAUUGGCGCACGUGGUGGCCGGUGACCAGGAAAGAGAGGCGGAGUGGUCGGAAGACGAUGACUCACUGUUUGAGGAGGAGGAAAUUGGGGAGAACCUAUUUCAACUCUGUUUAAAUGACUAUAAACCGGUAUAAGGAAUUGUUUACGGAGGGGCUGGGCCGGUUCAAAGGAGGCAAGGCACAACUACGAGUGCGGGAGGGAGCAACGCCGGUAUUUUGCCGCGCUAGGCCCGUGCCCUAUGCACUGCGAGAACGCGUCGAUGAGGAAUUAGAUGCG